GGGGUGGGGCGCACAGAGGCGAGCCCUUCCCUCCCCUGCCCCCACCAGUCAGUUCCGGCCGCCGGCAGCCAGUGACCUGCCUUCCCAAACCUUGCUAUACAAGGAAGCCCAAGCGAGCACAGAGAAAUCGUCGAGAUAAAAAGGCGUGAUUGAUAAAGCAGCCGGCCGGUUUUAGCGGGACCAGCGCAGACAGCGCCCUCCUCCUCUGCUGGCGUCGCCGUCGCUGAUUGCUAGCUUGCUACUGGCUACUCUACUACUCAUCGCCGCCUCCGCCUCCGCCGCGCGCGACCAGCGGCGAAGCCGGGCCGAGAGCGUUGUGCCGCCGCGCGGGCGUUAAUUGGGGAGGGGGAAGCGGCAUGGACGGAUCCGCCGCGGCGGAGCUGGAGGCCGCGGAGAGGGCCGUGAUGCGGUGGGACUCCACGGCGUCGGCGUCCUCCGGGGGAGGGGACGAGCACAUGCUGUUCGACGGCGGGGGCGACCGUGCGGAGGCGGAGAUGUUCCUCCGGGCGGUGGACGACCUCCGGCGUCUGGCGUCGCCGUCGCUGGCGGCCGUCGGGAGCCCGCGCCGCACCCCGUCGGCGGGGGGAGGCUCCAGCGCCGUGCAGGUCGCGAUGGCGCGGCUCGAGGACGAGUUCAGCCACGUGCUGUCGGCGCGCGCGCUCGACCUCGAGGUAGAGGCGCUCGCCGGCCUCAGCUCGCUCUCAAUGUCCAGCGACCGGAGGAACUCCGACGUCACCGAGGCGGCGGGGGACGACGACGAAGGCUCCGUGUCGUCCUCCGUCGGCCGCCGCAGCAGCUACCGCUCCAUGCGGAGUAUCCGUGAGAUCGACCUCUUCCCCGCGGACGCCAUCACUGACCUCCACGCCAUCGCCUCCCGCAUGGCCGCCGCGGGGUACGGCCGCGAGUGCGUCCAGGUCUACGCUUCCGUCCGCAAGCCGGCCGUCGACUCCGCCCUACGCCGCCUCGGCGUCGAGAAGCUCAGCAUCGGCGACGUCCAGCGGCUCGAGUGGGACGCCUUAGAAACGAAGAUCCGCCGCUGGAUCCGCGCAGCCCGCGCCGCCGUCCGCGGCGUCUUCGCCAGCGAACGCCGCCUCUGCUUCCUCAUCUUCCACGACCUUGCGGUGUCCAAUUCCGCCGUCACCACCCCAGCUCUCGCCACCCACGACGCGCCCUUCGCCGAGGCCGUGAAGGGCGCGGCGCUGCAGCUCUUCGGCUUCGCCGAGGCCAUCAGCAUCGGGCGCCGCUCCCCGGAGAAGCUGUUCAAGAUCAUUGACCUGCACGACGCGCUCGCUGAUCUGUUGCCUGACAUCUCCGACAUCUUCGCCGCCUCCAAAGCCGCCGGUUCAAUAUACGUGCAGGCUGCCGAGAUCAGGUCGCGUCUAGCCGACGCCGUGCGUGGGAUACUCUCCGAGUUUGAGAGCGCUGUGCUCCGCGACCCGUCCAAGACUCCGGUGCCCGGUGGCACCAUCCACCCGCUCACUCGCUACGUUAUGAAUUACAGCAGCCUCAUCUCCGACUACAAGGCCACGCUUUCUGAGCUGAUCGUUUCUCGGCCAUCAGCUAGCUCCCGGAUUGCCGCUGAGGGCAAUGAGGCCACACCGGCCUUCCCUGAUCUUGACCUUCCCGACCCUGACAGUCAGUUGCCCCUUGCCGCUCAUCUUGUCUGGAUUAUUGUUGUUCUUGAACACAACCUUGAGAGCAAGGCGUCACUCUACAAGGAUGCGGCGCUCUCUCAUUUGUUCCUCAUGAACAAUGUGCACUAUAUCGUGCACAAGGCAAGGGAUUCAUCUGAGCUCAGGGGGCUAAUCGGGGAUGAAUAUUUGAAGCGACUCACAGGCAAGUUCCGGCAGGCAGCCACAAGCUACCAACGAACUGCGUGGCUGAAAAUACUGAAUUGCCUGAGAGAUGAGGGCCUUCAUCUUAGCGGUGGCUUUUCGUCAGGGAUAUCCAAGUCAGCACUCCGGGAGCGAUUCAAGGCUUUCAAUGCUGCGUUUGAGGAGGCACAUAGGAUCCAGUCAGGGUGGUAUGUGCCAGACACUCAGCUGAGAGAAGAGCUUAGGAUCUCAAUAUCGGAGAAGCUGCUCCCAGCUUAUCGGUCCUUCCUUGGCAGAUUCCGGCAUCACAUAGAAAAUGGGAGGCACCCGGAGUUGUACAUCAAGUACUCGGUCGAGGACCUUGAGAUAGCCAUGGCAGAUUUCUUUGAGGCAGCAUCGCCAUCGCCACAUAACAGGAGGAGAUCCCAUGGAUGAAAGAUGACAUGGAAAAGCUUACAAGAGUUAUCUGCUGGCCGAUGAGUAUUCUUGCCAUGUAUUCUUUAAUUCUUUGGGGAAGGCAAAUACAGGCGGUUGGGUCUUUUGUUUUGUUCUCCUGAGGCUCAGGGGUAUGGUUGGUGAUGAUUUCUUCAACUAGAGGUAAUCUGAAACGGGAUCAGGAUGUUAGUGAAGCUGUCAAAAGCCCCAGUUUUUCUUCCUCUGUAAGCGAGCUUGUUCAUUUUACACUACGAUUAUGUAUUUUGUAUGAGUAGUGUGUUCAUAUAGGAAUGUUCUUUUAGUCAUGUUACAUAGUUGUAACCUGUUACUUGGUAUUCAUUUGACAUUUAGCUGAGUAUUUCAUCA